AUGUCUUUUCUAGAACGCAAGGAAAAGAAAUAUGGCAGAGACAGAAAAAUCGGAGGUGACCAUCGCACUCCUAAACGUUUAACCAUACUUCUACUAUCCCAGGCUUCAGAUCGUACCUUACUUGAACACAAAAAUAUAUCUGGAAUGUUCCAAUCGGAGCUAGCAAGCUCAAAAAAAAAUUGA